AUGAGGAGCGAGGAUAGUAAGAGGAGCGAGGAUAGUAUGAGGAGCGAGGAUAGUAAGAGGAGCGAGGAUAGUAAGAGGAGCGAGGAUAGUAAGAGGAGCGAGGAUAGUAAGAGGAGCGAGGAUAGUAAGAGGAGCGAGGAUAGUAAGAAGAGCGAGGAUAGUAAGAAGAGCGAGGAUAGUAAGAGGAGUGAGGAUAGUAAGAGGAGCGAGGAUAACGGGUCCGGAAGCCACCUCAACCUCUUCAGUAACAAGCAGCCGCCCAAGAAGAAGCGGAAGAGCCGUACGGCCUUCACCAACCACCAGAUCUUCGAGCUGGAGAAGCGGUUCCUCUAUCAGAAGUACCUCUCGCCCGCUGACAGAGACGAAGUCGCUCAGACGCUGGGACUCAGCAACGCCCAGGUGAUCACGUGGUUCCAGAACCGGCGGGCGAAGCUGAAGCGGGACAUGGAGGAGCUGAAGAAGGACGUGACCUCUCACAAGAUCCUCAGUGACCACUCCACCUUCAUCAAGACCAUGACGCAGAUGGGCCUCCUCAAGCACAAGCCAGGGGAGCCCUUUGAUCUCAAGAAACUUACAGGCUGACGGUAGAGACGUUGGCUGUGGUCAAGCCGUCACCAGAAUGUCGUGACGGAUCACCGAUCACAGUGAAAAUGAUGCUACUGAAUGUGAUGUGUUAUAAAGGAAUACCUGUGAUGAUGAUAGUGGUUGUGAUGAUAAUGAAGUUGGCAACAAUGACAAACGUUUCAGUGCCACCAUUAAGGCUCUUCCUUUGUCUGGGACUCUUCGAGGAGGAGGAGGAGGAGGAUUAAGAGGGAGUUAUAUCUCAAAAUCUC